UACAUUUACUAAUUCCAAAUUUCUGAAAAAUAGGGUUUAGUUACUAUUUUAUGCUCUUCUCUAUUUGGCGACGACUCCCAAUCUCUCUCCCCCGUCCUGCGCCGCAUUGCUAUUUCCGCCACCGCCGCCUGUCCUUGUUCGCGAUGGGAGACUCUCCCGCCGGCAGUAAGCCUAAGGCUAAACCUAACCAAACCUCUGCUCCACCGGCCUUCGUCAAAGAUGAAGAUUAUCUUCAGCGUGUCGUUCCCAAACGGAUAGCGAUGUUCGAAACAAUCUUAAAUGAACAAACCCUCAGUCGCCUCCAGCUUUCUCCCGACCCAAUCAAGAUUACGUUGCCGGAUGGGAAUGUGAAGGAAGGCAAAAAAUGGAACACGACGCCGCUCGAUGUGGCGAAAGAGAUAUCAAAGAGCUUGGCCGCGAACGCUCUGAUUGCGAAGGUGGAUGGGGUUUUAUGGGAUAUGUCUCGGCCUUUUGAAGGAGAUUGCAAGCUAGAGCUGUUUAACUUUGAUACGGAUGAAGGCCGCGAUACCUUCUGGCAUUCGAGUGCGCACAUUCUCGGCGAGUCAUUGGAGCAGGCAUAUGGAUGCCGAUUAUGCAUUGGGCCGUGCACCACAAGAGGGGAUUUGAAGGGUUUUUACUAUGAUGGAUUUUAUGGUGACCUGGGAUUGAAUGAGGAUCAUUUCAAACACAUUGAGGCGGCUGCAAAGAAAGCUGUUGAUGAAAAACAAAGUUUCCAGCGCAUUGAAGUCACAAGGAAUCAGGCCCUUGACAUAUUUUCAGAAAAUCAUUUCAAGGUCGAGAUUAUUAACGACUUACCAGAGGAUGCAACUAUCACAGUGUACAGAUGUGGUCCGUUAGUUGAUCUAUGUCGCGGACCACAUAUACCAAAUUCUUCCUUUAUUAAAGCAUUUAGCUGUUUGAAGGCUUCAUCUGCUUAUUGGCGAGCAAAAAAAGAGCGUGAAAGCUUGCAAAGAGUUUAUGGCAUAUCCUUCCCAGAUCAAAAACGAUUGAAGGAAUACAAGGCCAUGCUGGAAGAAGCUAAGAAAUAUGACCACAGAGAACUGACAAAAAAACAAGAGCUUUUCUUUUUUCACCCUCUGAGCCCCGGAAGCUGUUUUUUCUUACCUCAUGGUGCUCGAGUUUGCAACAAAUUGCUGGAAUUUAUAAGGAGUCAGUACUGGAAGAGAGGUUAUGAAGAGGUGUGGAGUCCAAAUAUGUACAAUAUGCAGCUAUGGGAAACGUCUGGCCAUGCUGCUAACUAUAAGGAGAAUAUGUUUGUGUUUGAGGUGGAUAAACAAGAAUUUGGACUCAAACCAAUGAACUGCCCUGGUCAUUGUUUAAUAUUUGAUCAUAGAGUCCGUUCAUAUCGAGAACUUCCACUUCGCCUGGCUGAUUUCGGGGUACUGCAUCGGAAUGAAUUAAGUGGUGCACUUUCUGGGUUGACUCGUGUCAGGAGAUUUCAGCAGGAUGAUGCUCAUAUCUUCUGCAAAGAAUCCCAGAUUAAAGAUGAAAUCAAGGGUGUUUUAGAAUUCAUCAGUUACGUGUACAAAGUAUUUGGCUUCACUUUUGACCUGAAGUUAUCGACGAGACCAGAGAAAUAUCUUGGAGACAUAGUGACAUGGGAUAAGGCAGAAGCUGCUCUUGAAGAGGCACUAAAUGAGUUUGGGAAGCCCUGGAAGAUAAAUGAGGCCGAUGGAGCAUUUUACGGGCCAAAGAUUGACAUCACUGUUUUUGAUGCAAUGGGAAGAGACUUUCAAUGUGCAACUUUGCAGUUGGACUUCCAAUUGCCUGCUCGAUUCAACCUCUCCUACUCAGCCGAAGAUGAAACGAAGAGAGAGAGGCCAGUCAUGAUUCACAGAGCUGUUUUGGGCUCUGUAGAAAGAAUGUUCGCGAUACUUUUGGAGCACUACAAAGGCAAAUGGCCUUUUUGGCUGAGUCCCCGCCAAGCAAUAGUUUGUCCAGUUUCUGAGAAGUCGCAACAAUAUGCACUAGAGGUACGGGAUCGCAUACAUGAUGCUGGAUUUUAUGUUGAUGUUGACACGACAGACAGAACAAUUAAUAAAAAGGUACGGGAAGCUCAAAUGGCACAGUACAACUAUAUAUUAGUUGUUGGAGAGAAAGAAGUUGGAACAGGACAGGUUGCUGUGCGAGUUAGAGACAUCAAUGAUGCUAACCUCCAGAGCAUUGAUGAUGUUUUGAACCGUUUCAAGGAUGAAACUGCUUCCUUUAAGUAGCAUGCAUGCUUUAGUAUCUACUCGAUCGGCAUAGGUGUGUUCUCAAGUCGGUUGUGUGUCAUUUUUGAACUGUCCAAACAUUUGAAAGAAAAAAUAGAAGAGAAUUAUUUAAAUAGUUUCGAUUGAGUUUGAGCUAAUACUGUUGGCAUAGUUACUACCAUAACACGUCUGCGUUUUUUAGGUGCUUUUCCAUGAUUAUUCAUUUAAUGUUUUGCAUCUGGUUAAAAUGCUGCUUUGUGUACCGCAAUAUUUUGCCAUGACAUUGUGGGAAGAUGUCAAAUUAUUGUUACAGGCAGACUUCGUGCCAAUGGUUGCAA